AUGGCAAGAAAGUCUGGAUUGAAAAAUCAGGGGAACAAGCAUGGAAAUGGUAAGUCGAAACCUCGAGGUCCAUCAUCUGACUCUCAAGCUCUAAAAAUUCGCUCAUUGGAGGAAGUUCUUGGGGUGGAAGAGAUUGAUUUUGGCAUUGAGAAUGAAGUGCUGACGCCUAAAUCGAGUUUGCAGCAUCUCCAAAUUCGCUCUGAAUUGCGACAUUCUUUCAAUGAUUACUUGCAAGCAAUACACAAUUCCAAUGGUAUUGCGAGUCGAACUCAAUCCAGAAGCAAUUUGGACGUAGGUACAAUCCCUAUUUUACUUGAUCAAACUGUUGAUGAUUACUCUGAUGAUGAUUCGAUUAAUACUGUGAUUGAUAAUGAUGUUGUGAAUAAUGUUGAAUCUAUGGAUGUGAAUGAUGUUGAUCCUAUUAUUGAGACUGAGUCUAAUAAUCCUGUAGAAAUCGAGUUGGAAGAUAUUCAGGAAGAGGUUGAGUUUUGGAUGUCAGCUGUAGUUUGCUAUGUUGUGGGUGCUAAUCCUCCCAUUAAUGUUAUGGAGGGAUUCAUUAGGCGUAUCUGGAAACACUUAAAUGUUGACAAAGUUGUUAUGGUGAAGAGGGGUGUAUUCAUUGUUCGAUUCUUAACCAUGGACUCUAGGGAUAAGGUCUUAGAUGGCCAUUACUUCUUUGAUAACAAACCCCUAAUAAUGAAGCCAUGGAACUCUGAUAUGGACAUGGACAAAGAGGAGGUGAAAUCUGUGCCUAUUUGGGUGCAAUUGAAGCUUGGCUUCAAAUACUGGGGGGAGAGAGCUCUAUUCAAAAUCAUUAGUCAAAUAGGGAAGCCUAUUAAGAGGGAUCAAGCUACACUAAACAGGGAUAAGUUGCAAUUUGCUCGAGUGAUGGUGGAUGUUCCACUAUCUAAGGAGCUUCCUGAUUGUAUUUCUUUUAGAGAUGAGAAUGGCUUGAUGGUGAAUGUAGGAUUGUACUAUGAAUGGAGGCCUACAUUGUUUUCCAAAUGCAAGAUGAUAGGGCACUUGCAGGAAGAGUGUAGACAGGGCAAAUCUAAAAGAGUAUGGGUGCAGAAGGCCAAGCAGGUGCAGCCAGAUGCUACAUUGCAUACUGUUACAAGUCCAGUGGUGGAUCCAGAAGGGUUUCAAAGAUCUAUAAGACCUAUUAGAUUCAGAACAUCUCCAAGGGAACCAGUAAGAACAUCCAAUGUAUUUCAGAUUCUGGAUACUAGACUAAAUGGAGAUGUAGGGGUGAGUGGUGAUGAUAACAUUGCUACAUGGAAUGUCAGAGGCCUUAACUCACUUCAGAAGCAGAAUGAAGUUAAACAUUUCAUUCAGAAAUAUGAGGUGGGGUUAGUGGGGCUUCUGGAGCAUAAGGUGAAGCUGCCUAAUUUGGGUAAGCUUUAUCAGAAAGUGUUUGUAAAAUGGUGUUUCACUAGUAAUGCUAGCUAUCACCCUGGUGGUAGAAUAGUUGUUGCCUGGAAGGCUGGUAGUUUCAAUGUCAAUAUAGUUGCUGUAUCUAGUCAAUUUUUACAUUGUCAUAUUACUCCUGUUAGUGGUAUGCCUGCUUUUUUCUGCACCUUCAUUUAUGCUCAUAAUGAAGCUGGAUUGAGACAGGAUCUCUGGAGAGAUUUAAAUUUGAUUCAUACUGCUGCCCCUUGGAUUUUAUGUGGGGAUUUUAAUUGUUUCAUGGCUCCUGAGGAAAGGAUAGGUGCUCCUGUUAAGCAGUGUGAUAUUGUGGAUAUGUAUGGGUGUAUACAUAGUUGUGGUAUGGAGGACUUGAAGAGUGUAGAAGUCUGUUUCUUACCUGAGGGUCAGUUUGAUCAUUCUCCAGAUUUGCUUACUAUUGGGGGGAGUAAAAUGUUUACAGUUGUUAGCAAGUUGGAAAGAGUUAAGCUUGCCCUCAAGAAGUUGAACAAGAAUGGUUUUACUGAUGUGCAAGCUGCUGAUUUGAAAGCUCCACAUGAGCUCAUUGAAGCUCAAGAAGCUAUGCAUAAAGAUCCCACUAAUCUGGAAUUAGCUGAUGCUGAGUUGAGAGCUAUUCAGGAUUAUAAAGAUAAGCAUAAGAUAUAUUUAGAUAUCCAUUAUAUGGGUGGUGUAUGGAAGGAUAAUCCUACUAAGGUUGCUGAUGCCUUUCUAGAUUAUUACAAGCAGCUUUUGGGGAGUAAUCAUGAGUCUAGAACUCUAGUUUUGAAAAAGGUGGUGCAGUUAGGUCCUGUGUGCCAAGCGCACCACAAAGAAAUUCUGAAUGCAAAUUACACUGCAGAUGAAAUUAGGGCUGCUCUUUUCUCUAUUCCAGGAGCCAAGGCACCUGGUCCAGAUGGUUUUGGUUCUCAUUUUUACAAAGACUCUUGGCAUUACAUACAAGAUUCUCUCCUUUACAGAUUGCUUGAUCUUACUCACCACAUGCUGCACAGUUGGGACAGAAGCAUUCCAGAAACUGCUGUUUCUACUUUGCCAAAUGAAGUACACUGCUGCUGCCAAGGUUGCAUAGACAACUUGCUUCCUGAAUUUUGUCAAUCUACUAUGACUUGUCACUCUCAGAAGCUGGAGUAG